AUGAGUAUGAUAAAGGGGAAUUGUGGAGAGAUUGUAGUUUAUAGGAAUGAUAAGUCAAUUGUACUGUACAACCAAACGGGACAAAUUAGAGCAUUGCCAAUCUAUAAUAUAGCCCAAAAUGAAAAUGGUAACGUAUGCCCGUUCUGCGGAAGCCUUUUGAGCGGAGAUAAGUAUAAUUAUAUUGCAAAGGCCUACUUCUACCUCUUACAAAACUCAUUCCAGAAUUUCACAAGCCAAGAUUUAAACGAAUACCCAAAUGGUAACAUUUUGUCAACUUUAGAAUUAAACGAAAAUUAUAAUAUUAACUCUAACCAGUUGAAACAAAAUACGUUCAAGGAUAAUAGUUUUAAUGGAAAUACACUCAAGAGCUAUAUGGUUAGAAAUAGUAGUUUUAGUAGAGAAAGUGAAGAAGUGGUUUUGUUAGAGGAUGAAGUAAAAGAAGCGGAAGGUAAUGAUUUGAUUCUUGAAGAAGUGAUUGAAUUGCCAAAAAAUAUACCCAAAUAUCUCUUAAUCACGGGAUAUUAUAAACGAUUUUUCAUAGAAGGGCCGAAAUUAGGCUCUGGUUCAUAUGGCCAUGUGUAUAACUGUAUACACAUUCUAGAUGAACUCAUACUAGGUGAAUAUGCGGUUAAGAAGAUCCCAAUUGGUGAUGAUAUGGAGUGGCUAAAAAAGGCUAUAAAGGAAAUAAAAAUAAGAGAAAAUAUAAAGCAUAAAAAUGUGGUGGAUUAUAACCACUCAUGGCUAGAAAUGUACAGGUUGAAUGAAUUGUGCCCGUACAUACCAUACCUGUUCAUACUAAUGGAAUACUGUAACGGGGAUAAUUUAUACAAUUUUAUACAAAACAUCUACAACAAGUCUAGUAUUGAAUGUUUAACCGACGAUGAAGUGAUGGUGAUUUUUAUUGAUAUUUUAAACGGCUUGAAUUACUUGCACAAGAACUUCAUAAUUCAUAGAGAUUUAAAGCCCUCGAACAUUUUGCUAAAGUUCGGAAACAGCUCAAUCACACUCAUGAUUUCAGACUUUGGAACAUGUGAAGUUUUCUCACAAAAAUCAUCAAAAACCGGUUUUACAGGGACCAUCGAAUACACGGCACCUGAACUCCUGAUUUCAUAUUACAAUACUGUUAUUAAGGCGCCAGGCUCUGAUGAGUUUGAUGCCUCAACGUCAGUGGUGGACGAUAAUAAGAUAGAUUUAUGGAGUCUGGGAGUCAUAUUAUACUAUAUAUCGUAUGGAACUUUACCCUUCUAUUCAGAUGAUAUAAAAGAAUGCGUAAAGUUAAUUAUCUACUCCAAACUCAAAAUUCCAAACCACCCAAAUAGAUCAAAACUCAUUAUAAACUUGAUAUAUAAUUUGUUGUCCAAGAACAGUAAUUCGAGAAUGAAUUGUGAUGAUUUGUUGAGUAUAUCAGACAUUAAUAAAUAUCUCGGAAAUAAUGAACUUAAUCAACAAAUCAGAUUCCAACUAUAUCAACGCUUUAGACCAUAA